AUGCCUUCAGGUGCACGAGCCAAGGCGUGCAGGAUUGAAACAGUUCUGCACAAGCGCAACACAAUUGCACUAGAAAGCAUGGUCAAACUGCCAGUGGAGAAUAAAUGUAUGCCGAUGGAUCUGUUCCUCCACGUAUCUCUUGUUCCCUCUGUGUGUAUUGUAGCACUGCUGUCCUUCCUGCAGCGCAGAGAGAAGAGUCUCCCAUUUGAGGAGAGAUUCCCAUAUCUCCAGGGCCGAUUCGGAAUUGUGGUGCCUCUGGAUUUUCUGGGCAGUCUGAGUAAUCGCUGGUCGUACGGGUUUGCGUUCGGUGCUGUGACUCCCAGUGUCCUGCUGCUCUUCUCGGAGUCCUACACACCAUUUCCUGUUCCGUCCUGGGCCCGAGCUUUUGUGUAUUUGGUUGGAGCUCUGGAGGUGGGCGUGGCCUAUCUGCCAUUCUUUCUCUGUCUCUCAACACCACACCGAGCACUUGGAGGAGUUCUGGGCUUGCUGUACACUGUGGCCUGGUUGACUGCAAGAUUAUUUGAAGUUGUCAUGUGUCCUGAAGGUGACGUUCUGGGUGAUCAUCAGAAGAUAAUAACACUUUGGCCAUGUUUCCUGUGUCUGGGUUUCCUGAUUGGACGCUUCAUCGCAAUGGUGGUGAAGGAUGUGCGAAUUCGUUUACAGUAUCAGAAUGAGCAACAGGUUGAAGAAGAGAAGCUUUUCCAGUCUAAUCAGUAUAAAUAUGUCCAAACACUGCUGAGACAGCCUCCUGAACAAUCUGCGAAGAAGAGCUGGUUUCGGAGGAACGUGUACGACUGGGAUCCGUAUUUUAAAUUCCCGAACAGGAUGAUCGGCACCUCCGUCAUCUGCCUCAUCGGACUCUACACGAUAACUCUGGCAGAUUACAGUCUGAGUGAUUAUGUUUUUCGGGAGCUGUUAGUGCUGAUCAACUCUCUGGAGGAUUUGGCCAAAUCCAGCAAUAACACGGAGAAUCUUUUAAUUUCACUAUUACCCCACAUCCGCCAGUUCAGACAUGUUGCCUGGAAGUCCUGGUUUGCCACCACACUGUUUGCCACCCUGACGUGUGCUACAUACACAUUUCAUGUGUUAGCAUGUUACAGGAAGCACAUGAAGAGGUUGUGGGCGGGGAAGAAGAACUUCUUGCCAGAGAAGUACCACAAACCGAGCUCUGCUGUUAGUGUGGCUGCGAUAACACGAUAUUCAGGCUGGCAGAUCGCCUUCACACUUUGGGGUUAUCUUAUCAUACACUACGUGCAGUUCAUGUUUGCAUUGCUGUUUGUGUAUCUGGUUGUGUUACCGAUCCAGAAAAAUGGGUUCCUACCCUGGUUCUCCAUCCUAGCCACCUUACUGCUGACCAUCUUCAUCGUGAUCGCUCUGGUGAUGGUGCAGGUUGUGAUGGUCCGCAUCUUCUUCCUGCAGGACAAAUUUUCCCCUGAUGAUAAAGAUAAACCGCUAGCACUCAACAACAGGAGAGCCUUUAACAAUUUUAACUACUUCUUCUUCUUUUACAACGCCAUCAUGGGGCUGAGCAACUGCAUCCUCAGGCUGCUAAACAGUUGCAUUGUGGGUACUUGGCUUGUUCCACGCAUUGACCGGACCAUCAUGCAGCGGGGCUAUGAGUCCAUGGAUCCAGGUUACUGUACGUGGGUUGGAAUGAUAAUUGCAGAUCAUCAUCACAGUAAUCCAGUUCUGGUGUGUUUCUGUCACCUGCUACUCAAACACACCCUGCAUCGACAGAGGGCUGUGAACACAUACGCACAAUUUGACAAUGCAGAAUUCUCAAGAGUCAGCAGGGCCCAUACCCGCUGGCAUCUCCUCUAUACCCUGCUCAGAAACCCAAAACUCAUUCUGCUGAGGAAGAGGCCCCAUAGCAACAACCUCCACAGCAACCAAGACCAGCUCACCGUUGCCCGGGUGAUAACACUGUCAUCGCAACUUGAGAAAGACCAGCGUAUCCGACAGCAUAACGAUGAUGUACCGUAA